GCAAACACGCGCGUCUCUUUAUUACGGCGGCAAACGCGAUUAUACACUUUAACGGUUGGAAUUUAAAUAACAUAGUUGAGAUAACUAUAAGAAGUGCUAAAUUAACUCGUGGCUUUCAUAUUCUUGGUGAAGUGAAUUUAUUUUUGGAUUUUUUUUUUCUAUAUAUUUUUUUGUGAUCAGUCAUAUUCGUGCGAAGUGUAGUGAUUACAAUGAAAACGGGUUAGCGAAAAAAUUAUAAGAUUUAUAUAUAUAGUGUAAAUGACUGUGGUGUGAAUUUUGAGUGUCUGUUCAUAACUGCUUCAAGAUGAUGACACUAUAUAGAACCAUCAAAGGUACGAGCACUUCUAAGAGGAAACGUCGAGAAAGGAGUCUAGGACCGUUCGAAGCGACGACUGGCGGAGAGAUGGUGUCACGGCGUCGAAUCCUGUCGCGUUCCCGCGAUGAUCUCACUCAGGCUUUCGCCACCCAGAUGGAGGAAGAAGAGGAUGUCUGGUAUCAGAAAGAUAAACUGUAUAAGGAACACAUACAAGAAGUUUUAGACAAAUGGACUCAAAUCGACGAUGAGAUAUGGGCGAAGGUUAUUGUAUUUGAAAAGAAUCGGAGAGUGGCAAAGGCAUACGCUCGUGCGCCUGUGCUUACUAUCAACGGUUCUGAUGAUGGAUUCGAUGGAAUGAGAAUUGGCCUUUGCGGAUUCGACAACCCACAUAGAGAUCAAAAAACUGAAGAACUUAAAAAACACAUAGGACAGGGUGUUAAAAUAAAAAUGGAUGAUGCUGGGAACAUACUCAUCAGACGCUAUUCCAAGAGUAGCGUGUUUGUGAAGAGUACUGCUGCCACCAGCAACGAGGAGACCGCGAUCGGGCAGGAUAUAGUCAAGCUGCCUGGUUAUUCUCUGGAACAGGAAAAGAUAUUUAAGCUAUUCGAUAUGAAGAAAUUCCAAUCCAACGUGAACAGGGAGCUGCGACGUGCCUACCCUGAUCGAAGACGUUUGGAGACUCAGUGCCUCAGUGCCGUAGCCUUCGUUAAAUCUGACAGCGAACUGCUAGAGUGCCCGAUAUGGGUGCUGGUCAUCAAUGUUGUUGCUAUGGACAUGCUCAAAUCAAAGUUGCCGCCAGUUCAGAGACCUAUGGACAUAAAGAACAGGCCUCGUAUCCCAAUACCUGACGAGGAUCCUUACAGUAUUGCUAGCUCCAACGCUAACGGUUCAGGCUCUAGUGGUAGUUCUGGUGGCUACGGACAUAAUGGACAUAACGGGCAUAACGGACACAAUGGCCACAAUGGCCACAAUGGCCACAACGGCCACAAUGGUCAUGGAGUCGUUGCUGCAACAAGAGAGCAACUUAUGAUGCAAAUGGGACAAAGGAGAGGCGAUAAGCCUCCAAAACUACCACCUAGGGAAAAUGGCUACGGUCCAGCCGACAUUCCAAAGCCGGACUAUGACGAUAUUGAAGUUAACGAACGUGUUCCGGCACAGUUCCCCAGAGGAAAAUCUGACAAAGGAAAAGAUAACAAAAAAUACGAUGAUCCUUACUACUGCGGAUUGCGCGCCCGUGUUCCCAACUUCGUGAAGGCUACAGGCAAGCACGUCCUGCCUGCAAUGACUGAGCGGCUUACGCUGAAGGAGACACCCGUACCCAUGCCAGUGCCCAGCAAGCGUUUUAGCGUCGCUCAUCCCCACGGCUUCCCACCCCAAAUGCCCUUCGCACACCCCAUGCAGCAAGCGCUGUGGCACGCUCGCUCCUACGAAAGCGGAAUCGAUGGGGAGCAUUACGACCCUUACGCGCUGUACGGCCGUCUGCCCGCAGGACGCUUCCCGCCGCCGCCGGCGCCCAACGCGCGACAUAUGUUCAUUGGAGAAUGGGACUAAAUAAACAAAAAACACCUACUAUUAUAAUAAUUGGUUUCAAACUUUCGCUACUCCUGGUGAAUGACUUCACGUCGUUAUAAAAACUAGAGCACCACUGCCCCAUCGACAAAAUUCAAAAACUUGAAAUUUUCAAACCUUCUCUAUUACACUCUUGCAUUUCUUCUUUUUGUAUCAGAAUAUACUGUAUUAUAGGUCCAAGGAAGGCGGUGAAUAUGCCUCCAAUGUAAAUAUGGUAUUGUAAAUUAUUUCAUUAAGUUUUUUUAUAGUAAAUUACAUUCGAUAGAUUUACGAAUUUGAUGCUUAGGUUAUCUGUAUAGCGAGUUCGAUGUAAGGUUAUACUAAGUUUAUAUUUACCACAUAUGAAUGUAACGAAUAUAAAAAAGUGAUUUUCACUUAAUCUUUUCUAUUAAUAGCAUAUAAUAUUUUUGUAUACCCAUUAUCUAUAAAUAAAAUAUGAUAAUUUCGUAUCAAUCAUUCAUUUCUUACUGUUAUGAUACUAACUGGAUUUUGUAGUGUGUUAGAAUAUAAGUGCUUUCAUUGUUAAUCACUGCCACUAUAUGUAAGGACAUCGGCGUUCAACAUUGACAUCAGGAAUUUCUGUUUCUUUGUACAGAAAUUUCUGUUGUCUUUGAUGUUCGGUAAAAUACUUACGAUUAUGAUUUGUAAGUUUUGUGUCAAUCCUAGUCAAAACAGGGUUGGGAAUGUAUGUGAAUUAAAAAAAAAUACACCAAUCGAAUAAAAAUAUCAGCUAUAGAAUUAAAAACUUAAGUUCCAUCUAAAUUAACUGCAACACUCCAUUCGUAAUUUUUUUUGUUCAUAAAUACCUUUUAUAUUAUAAUGUAAUGACGUAUUUUACACUUGUACAUAUUAUUUUAUAGGCAAAGCGUAAUUUAAUUAGGAUCUUUAUAAUUUAACAAAAUAUUAUUUCAAUUAACAUCGUAUAAUCAAUACUCAAUUAUUAUUAUAUAGAUUUAGUUGUUAUAAUAUUUCAUGAUAUGUAUAGUAGCUUAUAUAUAUAUUUUUUUAUUUUUAUAAUAAACUUCCACUUAAAAAUAAGGAAAAAUCGCAUUCUCCGCGUACUAUAUUUAUUAUUGGUAUUGAAAUUGGUAUAUCAUUUCGCGAAGGUGCUAGACAGGUUACCAUUCUGAAUUAUAUAUGUUGUUAUUUAUAUUUUAAUGAUGAACAUGUAUCGGGUAUCGUAAAUCGGACGUUAAUAAGGGCUCUGGAGAUCAGCCUUAUAUGUGUUUAUAAAAUCCUAAAAGUUAUAUAUUUUUUUUAAUAAAAAAUAUAAAGUUUUUUAAACUGUACGCGACUGUACCUUAUUAUAGUUCGGUGUAGUUGCAACGUCCACGAUAAGUUAAGUGUUGGAUAAACAGUAACCUAAUUUAAGGAAACGUGUAUGAAUCAAAAUAUAUUUCAAUAAAUUUUCA